AAUAUAUAAAAAAAAUAUAUAUAUUUUUGGACUUUUAUUAAAAUAAAUAAAAUAAACUCUUAAUGUUCCAUAAAAUAAUAGUUUAAUAUUUUUCAAUUUCCAAAAAUCAACAAAAAUUUAAUGAUUCAAUUUUCGCUUUAGCUUCUGGAUAAACAAAAGCAGGAGUUUCUAUAAUAAGAAUAAGUGGGUUUAAUAGUUUAUAAGCUUAUUAAUUUAUAUAAAAAGAAAAUUUCGAAAAACUAUCAAACGAAUAAAUUUAAGAAAAAUACUAAAUUUAACCUAGAUAUGCUUAUUUUAAAAAUUUUUAUUCGAUUUUAGAUAAAAAUAAAUAAAUAGAUAAAGGUAUUUUCAUUUAUUUUUAAGGACCAAAAAGCUAUACGGGAGAAGAUGUUGUAGAAUUUCAUAUUCAUGGAAGUAGAGCAUUAUAAAGAAAAAUACUUUAUGAACUUUCGAAAAUAAAUUAAUUUAGAUUAGCUGAUUAAGGAGAAUUCACAAAAAGAGCAUUAAUUAAUAAUAAAUUAGAUUUAAUGGAAGUUGAAGGUCUAGCUGAUUUAUUAAAUUCUGAAACUGAAAUAUAAAGGUAAUAAUCAACCAAUUAGUUUUUAGGAAAAAGUAGUUAAAUAUUAGAAAAUUGGAGAUUCGAAUUAAUAAAAGCACUUUCAAAUGCAGAAGCUUUUAUUGAUUUUGAAUCUGAUUAAGAUGAUGUAGAAUUUAAUAUAUUAUCUUAAACAUAAGAAUAAACUUAAAAAAUAUUAAACGAAAUAAAGAAUUAAUUAAAUAAUAAAAAUAAAGGAGAAAUUAUAAGAGAUGGAAUCAAAAUAUCUAUAAUCGGAAAGCCAAACUCUGGAAAAAGUACCUUAUUGAAUUGUUUAGCUAAAAAAGAAAUUGCUAUAGUAAGUGAAAUACCAGGUACUACUAGAGAUAUAUUAUCUGUAGUUUUAAAUAUUUCUGGAUUUCCUGUUAUUUUAUAUGAUACUGCUGGAAUAAGAACAACUAUAGAUAAAAUAGAAGAAAAAGGUGUUAAUAGAGCAAUAUAAUAAGCUAAAGAAUCUGACAUAAUAAUUUUAAUUGUAGAUAUAGAAGAUAUAGAUGAUAAAUAUUAGAUAAAUAUAUAAUAAAAUGAGUAGCUUUUUUAAAUUAUAGAUAAUGAAAAAUAUACUGUUUUAACUUUUAUAAAUAAAAUAGAUUUAAAGGAAAAUAAAAUUAUUCAUUAUAUUAAAAUUUUCGAUAAAGAAAUUCCUGUUUAAGGGUACAUUUCCGCUCAAAAUAAUACUAAUAUUAAUAAUUUAAUUGAUAUUUUAUCAAAUACAAUAUAAAAAAAGAUAGAAUUUUAAAAUGAUUAUAUUAUAGAGGAAAAUUCUAUUAUUACAUAAAGUAGACAUAGAAUUGAGUUAGAAAAAUGUAUGAAACAUUUAGAAGUUUUUUGUUUUAAUCAAAAUAAUUUACAGGCUGAUUUGGUUUGCGAAGAGUUAAGAUAUGCAGUUAAUAGUAUAGGAAAAAUUACAGGGAGAGUUGAUGUUGAGGAAGUUUUAGAUGUUCUUUUUAAAGAAUUCUGUAUAGGAAAAUGA